UGCUCAUUCGGGGUGGGGUUUUUUUAUUGCUGGGAGAGGUCUCCCCUGAUGAUGAAGCGUGUCUACACUGCCCACAUCACAGUGCAGCUGCGGCCGUGCAAGUGGGUAGUGUUGACAUACUCUGUGGGAAAUGAGUGUGCAGAUUAGGGAGCUCCUGCUGUAUUUAUCUAUCUCAAUGGCUAGUUUAACUACCAGAUAAGUAGGCAGUGUGUUGCUUUACAGAGAAUGAUAGAGCUUGCCUGGAGUCUCUUGACUUUUAAAGGUUACAAUCGUGGCUAAAACAAGAGACAGAGCAGAGAUAUCUUAAAAGACUGGCAGAGGAAGCUGAAGACAAUGAUAUUCCAACUCCUCACUGAUAAACACAGUGUCUCCCUGUAGGGAGCAGGGGUUCGUGCAGAUGUAAGGGAACAUGACUCUCCAGUUUGCUGGAACAUGGCACUACCUGCAAAAAUGUAAAGACUAAAACUGCCUUGAUGCAAGGAAUAAAGGACUUGACUAGAAAAGUUGAUGGCAGUACAGGAUGAGGUCUGCCAAACCUCAUGACCUGGCUAAGGAAAUCGGUGUCCUGUUCUUUGCCAAGUUAUCUGAGCAUCAGCCUGUGUCACAGCUGGUAUCAUCACUAAGGAAAAAUGUUUGAUCAGCUGAAUGGCAGUGUUCACAGAGGUGCUAUGCUGCUGCCGGAAAUUCAAUAAGAAGCAUUAAAAAGUGCCUGUGCUUCACAGGUCUCCCAGUACAACUCCACAAGUAGAAUAUUCAGGCUCGUUUAUUAUCUUGCAGAAUCUGGUAGGCUUGUUUCAGAUCUCCCCAGGAUGGCCAGCUUGCAGCAGUGAAUGGCUUGGACGUUGGAUGAAAGAACUGUUUGGUCCUUAUUGGAGCCAAAAUUGCUGAGUGGAUGGCUCAAAUGACAUAUGAAAAAUGGAACUGGAUUGGAACCAAUAUCAACCUAAAAGUGAAAGGCUCUGUAAUUCAUUUCCCUCAAACGCCCACAAGUCAGCCAGCCUUCCUAAACUAGGGCCAGAUUGGAACUGGUGUUGUAAUAACCCUGUAUUCCAUUCCAUAGAGUCUGUUUUUGGAAGUUUAUGACCAACAGCUUGGAGAGUAAAUAGUUCGGAGGUUCGGGGAGUACAAAUUGCCAAAGAAAACUUGAGUCGGCUUGCAUUCCCUUUCACGUUGUAGGGUUUUUCAAUAGCCCGUCAGUUGCUUCUGUAAGUUCUUUGAACAGAUAUUUCCAGUUUCUGACUCUCCUUGUGUCCAGUGCUCUGUGAAAAAUUAACUUGUUUUUUGCAAGUCAUAAAAAAUGUGUCCCAGAGAUCAUCAUCCAGUGCUGAAAUGCAGCCAUCCCUGGGCUGAGGCAUGGUAGCUGUUAACCACACAGCAAAGCUGCACAAAGAUCACUCAUCCAGCAAAAGUGAAACUGCUUCUGGAGUGGGGCAUGGCAUGGUGUGCAACAGUUUAGUGCAAGGAGAAAACCCAAUCCAGUUGAAAUCUAGGGAGACAGAAGGGAGUUAGCUAGUUUGGGUUAGACACGUUAGCAAACUCCAUUAUCCUAAUAUUCUGACCUCCAGACUGGAAUGUGUUUGGUUCAAAAGAUGCCCAUGGCAUUUCCGCCAAGAGUAUGAGCAUUAAAAUCCUAGGUCAAGACUUUAAAAAUUGACCAGUGAGGUGCCCAACUUGAGGAACCUUAAAGGGGCCUGGUUUUCGGAAAGUGCUGAGCCACCUGCUUAUGAUGUGAUUCUUUGAUCUACACAUUCCAAUCUGGGGGCUAGUCUUGAUUUAUUUCUGGAUGUUUUCUGGAAGGCUGGUCUUGCUGUUAAGGCAUUAAGUUUGGAUUUAGGGACUUGAGCAACCCACUUUCCCACCUCAUCAUGGUCAUAUGGCAACCCCCAUGAUGGAAUGGUUAAAAUAAUCAAGAGAACACUCCAUGGAGAGUAAAGUGACAUAGUUUCUGCUGUUAUUGGCUGAAGGCCUUCAACUGUAUUGUGACAUGUCUGUUGUGAGGUCAUCAAGGUUAUGCGGGGCUUCAGACUGCAUUAAUCAAGAGAGGCAGCAGGAGGAACAGCUGCCACUUCCAGCACAGCUGAGUGAGAGGGGACCCAGGGAAUGGGGUACCACCAGCCCUGUUGAGGAAAACCUGAUGCACUGGUGAGGUUACUUGCCCUGUUGAGGGAAACCUGAAUCAAAGAAGGGCUUACCACCAGCUCUGCUGAGGGGAAUUUUAUGAGAGGUUACCAGCCUAGGAAGAGAAUCCCUCUCAGGCAGAGUGUAACAUCAUGGAGAAGAAUUCACCCAAGCCUGCUCUGAAACAUCCAGCAAUUGGUAUUGACUUGGGCACCACUAAAUCCUGCGUGGGCCUCUUCCGAGAUGGCAAGGUGGAAAUAAUUGUCAGCAACCAGGGCAUCCGUACCACACCCAGCUGCGUGGCCUUCACUGAGACAGGAAGGUUGAUAGGGGAUGAGGCAAAGAACCAGGCAGCCCUCAACUCUCCUAACAUCAUAUUCAGUGCCAAGCGCUUGAUUGGCCGAACAUCUGAAGACCCUGUUGUGCAGGCAGAUGCGGAGUUCUGGCCCUUCCAGAUAGUGAAAGCUGAAGGAAAGCCCCAGGUGCAGGUGUCCUACAAGGGAAAGGAGAAGGUUUUCUACCCAGAGGAGAUUUCUGCCAUGGUGCUGGGUAACUUGAAGGAGAUGGCUGAGGACUACUUGGGCCACCCCAUCACCCAUGCCAUUGUUACUGUGCCAGCCCACUUCAAUGACUCUCAGCGCCAGGCCACCAAAGAUGCUGGGGCGAUCGCCGGCCUCAAUGUGCUGAGGAUCCUCAGUGAGACUACAGCUGCCGCCCUGGCCUACAGUCUAGACAAUCCUAGCAAUGGAGAACACAACGUGCUUAUCUUUGACCUGGGUGGAGGAACCUUCAAUGUCUCCGUCCUCACCAUUGAUGGGGGCAUCCUCGAGGUGAAGGCUACCUCUGGGGACACCCAUCUGGGAGGGGAUGAUUUUGACAACUGCCUGGUGAGCUUCUUCAUAGACGAAUUCCUAAAGAAACAUCAGGAGAACAUCAGCAAGGACAGGAGGGCUGUGUGGAGGCUCAGGAGGGCUUGCGAGGCAGCCAAACGCACCCUGUCCUCCAGCAUCAAAGCCAGUAUCGACUUGUACUGCCUGUACAAAGGGAUCGAUUUCCAUGCAGACAUCACCCGGGCCCAGUUCGAGGAGCUGUGUGCUGACCUCUUCCAAGGGACCCUGAAGUCCGUGGAGAGGGCGCUGCAGGAUGCAAAGCUGAGCCAGGCCCAGAUCCAUGAUGUUGUCCUGGUGGGCGCCUCCACCCGCAUCCCCAAGAUCCAGGAACUGCUGCAGGAUUUCUUUGGUGGCCGGCAGCUGAACAAAAGCCUCAACCCGGAUGAAGCUGUCGCCUAUGGGGCAGCAGUUCAAGCUGCCAUCCUGAUCGGAGAGAGGUCAGAGGUCACAAGGGGCUUGCUUGCCCUGGAUGUGGUGUCCAUGUCUCUGGGGAUUGAGACGGACGCAGGGAAGAUGCACACCCUGAUCAGACGCAACACUGCCAUCCCCGCGGUGGUAACUCGGACCUUCACCACCUUCGAUGACCAUCAGCCUGACCUGCUCAUCCAUGCCUAUGAGGGGGAGAGAGCUACUGCCAAGGAGAACCACCUGCUUGGCCAUUUCCUUUUGAAGGGCAUUUCUCCCGCCCCCCGUGGCAUGGUCUUGGUGGAGGCAACCUUCUAUAUUAACGCAGAUGGCAUCCUGACUGUGUUUGCCCUGGACAAAGUCGCCGGCAAUGCCAACCCCAUCGCUGUGGAUGCCAACAAGGGGCGACUGAGCAGAGAGGAGAUACAGAAGUUAGCGGCAGAGGCUGAGAAAUACCGAGCUGAGGAUAGGGCACAGAAAUGGAAAUUGGCCACUAAGAACUACCUUCAGUCCUGCGCUUUCAGUGUGAAGCGGACCUCGGAAGAUAUCCUUAACUACUUCACCUUGCAGGCCAAGAAGAAGGUGAUGGAGAAGUGUCAGCUGGCCUUCUCCUGGCUGAGUCCAACUGGAUGGCUGAAGAGGAGGAGAUCAGGCCCUAUGAAAAUGGUCUCGGGGAACUCCCUCCCAGGACUUAAACGCCUCAGUAACAGCACCGUGGGCAUCAACAGAACAAAACCAAACAAGUUCGUGGUCACCACUUGCAGCUUGACUUUCCAGUUUACCCAAACUACCACAGUGAUCUACCCAUAGGAAGUCCUAGCAGGGACCAGGGACGCUAGGCUUGCUGGUUGCUGUUGAUUUACCUGGAUUUACCAUCUUAUAUAGCCAAUUCAUAAAUGGGAACUUUCCAUGAAUAACAGCCAUCGGCCUCAAUAAAUUCUGCCUCUCAUACAUGUCUGUACAGGUGCAUUUACUAAUUACUGGGCAAAUAGCACGCUCCAUGGAGUGUAUGCCACAGCUGUAUUUGGGCUGUGAUGUUUAAAGAAACCUGAGAAAGUUAGGUGCCAAAUCUCAUUGAACUUCACUGGGAGUUGGGCACUUAAUUUCCUUAAACUCCUUCCAAAAUACUAGCCUUGGCAUCACAGUCUGCCAGUUGUAGAGGGACUUUUGAACAGGUUUGUGUGUUUAAUGUAGAACCUAUAGAAAAUGUCUCCUUUCCAAAGGAUAACCUAGAAAUGUCCAAAUUUUAGGGAGAGAUUCUAGUCUGUUAUGCUAGGGUAAAUCUGAAGUGACUCCAUUGAACCUAGCAGAGUAAGGAGCAGAUUCUGAUCUCAGUUACACUGGGGUAAAUCUGGAGUAAACUCCAGUUAAGUCAAAAUAGUCACAAUGAAGAUUGUGAUCUGAUAUCCAGAUGUAAAUCUCUAUUGGCUCUGGAGAUACAUAUCUUUUCAGAUAUAUCCCUUGUUACUUGUCUCCUCUGUAAUCUAAACAGCCUGCGUCUUUUAUAAACUGAUUGAGUCUGUCCAUGCCUCCAAAACAAUUCCUUAGCUACUUGCCUUUGGAUCUCUUCAGUUUCUUCUAUAAUAUGCCAAAAUUACUAGAUCCCGGGAAAAUAUUUGCUAAUAAAAAGAAAAAAAAUCCACAAAACUUGUCAACUCACCCAUGUGCUCUGUGACAAAUAUAAAACUCAUACAUUCAAAGAAGGGUCGUGAUCCUCUAAAAGCCAAAAUUGUUUUUUAGUGACUGCAGUCCAGGGAAUAAAAGAUCUGGAAAUCUGGGUUCUCAACAUACUUUGCAAAUUCAGCCUGCACUCUGCAUUAUUCCUCCAGAGCUAUCAUUGUCCUCUGUAGAACAUGAAUUCAAGCUAUCUUCUUGCUGUGAGUGAGGAAAGAGCUCAUUUCAGAAUCAUCACAGCAAAUGGUAAAAUAACGUAAAGUGGUCGAAGAGUGAGUGAAACAAGACAUGGAAAUGCUGUGCUGCCCUCUGCUGAGUGGAAUCCUAACACCUAAAGAAGAUCCUGUUCUUUAAAGGAGGAAGAUGGGCUGAGGAAUGACCCUGGUGUCGUCAGCUCUAAAUGACACAGCCCUCUACUGCUUGAGCUACAUGACAGUUCUUAUAGCUGGUAAAAAUAGAAGGUCAUAUAGGCCUUGUCAGUGCACAAGUUGUUCUAUACCCAUGCAGUUAAAAUGAUAUAAUCCCUGCUCACCUCCAGUGUGGAUGCAAUUAUAUCAGCUUAAAGGUGUCAUACUAAUAGAGUUUAUUCCUGUUCGGGAAGAGGAAUAUUGUUCUGGUAGAGGUACACUUAUGCCUGCUUCUACACUAGAGGUUGUACUGAUAGAACGAUCAGUUAAAAAACAUACCUCUAACCAGCUAAAUACAAAAAUUGUUUAGACCAGGCCUUAGUCUCUCUCUGGGGCCAUUUGGUCUGGUGUCCAGGAGGACACAGGACAGGUUGUGGACUAACCCACAGAUGAGAGCAAGUUCAGGGUUCUUGAUGGAGACAAGAGGCUGGGAUACUUCCAUCCAGAGAUUAACUCCAGAAGAAAGGCAGGUCUUUCUCCAUGAAGAAGACGAAAGGAGUCAGCUGUCACAGUUCCUGAGAUAACUGCACCUGUGACUGGAACAGAGCAGAUAACUGAUUUUUUUUAUUUGGAUUUGAACCAAAAAAUCCACG